GCAUUUUCAGUGUUUUAACUCUUAGUGCCGCUGUUGGUUUAGAAUUACAUGAAGUGCAUGGUGCGAUGUUUUAGAAAGAUGCUGCUUACCGCCGUCUACAAAUAGAAUCUUCCCUUGUUUAACGUACAGCAGGAGGGUUUUUUUUAACCAGCUGGAUUCCACAAAACAUUUUGCCUGUAAGAUUUCGGAUUUUUAAGAUGGCUAGUUGGAAUUCGUGGUAUAGGGAUACUCGUCGAAAGAUCUCUACUCAACUAAAAUGGCAGACACUGUGUUUCUUUUUUUGUGUCUACGGGAUGGAGGUCGUCGAUUGUCAUGCACGGCACUUAAUCCCAGAAGAGAUGCAAGAAGGCUCCUUUGUGGGAAACAUCGCCAAAGAUUUGGGAAUUGACAUAAGUAGACUGGUUUCAGGAAAAGCUCGCGUUGUAACAAAGGGAGGUCGCCAAUAUGUCGAACUGAUCAGAGACAAAGGCACUCUGGUAGUGAAGGAGAGGUUAGACCGAGAGGAGCUCUGCAAGCAAACAACGCCCUGCAGCUUCAGUUUUGAUCUGAUUAUUGAAAACCCAAUUGAGCUCCAUCGUGUAAUAGUUGAAGUUCAAGAUAUAAAUGAUAAUGCGCCAGCAUUCCCUAAAAGUUCUGUCAGUUUGGAAAUCAGCGAAAAUACAAUAUCAGGGACACGCUUUCCAUUGGACAGCGCUGUAGAUUUGGACGUUGGAAUAAAUGGCAUACAACGCUAUGAGCUUUCUCCAAAUGAUAACUUCAAAUUAGAAAUAAAUAGUCAGGUUGACGGAAGCAAACAGGUAGAACUCAUUUUGCAGCGUGAACUGGAUCGGGAAGAACGUGAUGAGCUUCAGCUACUUGUCACUGCAUCCGAUGGAGGAUCACCAAAAAAAUCUGGCACAGUUCAAAUCCAUGUUACUGUGCUGGAUAUUAAUGAUAAUGCUCCGGUAUGUAAGCAGUCCGAAUAUAAAGUUGAUGUUUUCGAAACGUCUGCAAUCUUAACAACUGUAAACGCUGUUGACGCUGAUGAUGGAAUAAAUGGACAAAUAAUAUACUCCAUUGCUCAAGCUAGCAAAGAGGCUAGGGAUCUAUUUGCAAUAAAUCAAGAAACAGGAGAUUUAAAAACGCUGAGAACUUUAGAUUAUGAGAAUGAAAGAAGCUAUGUCAUAAAUAUAAAAGUAAAAGACAAAGGUGGUCUUGCAAAUACCUGCAAAGUAGUAAUUGACGUUGUUGAUGAAAACGAUAACUUUCCCACCAUACAGCUUAUGUCAUUUUCUAACACCAUUGCUGAGAAUUCUCCAUUGGGAAGUACAGUAGCUGUCAUUGAUGUAGAGGACGCAGACUCUGGCAAAAAUGGAGUCGUGCAGUGCAAAAUAAAUGAUAAUCUACCGUUUAAAAUAGAAUCAACAUUUUCGGAUUACUAUGCUUUAAUUACUGACGAUCUUCUUGAUCGAGAAAAUAUAGCUGAAUACAACAUAACUAUUUUGGUGAUCGAUCAAGGAAUCCCUGCUUUACACAGUAACAAAACAUUGACUGUUAAGAUUUCUGAUGUAAACGACAACCCACCCGUUUUCAUGGCUGAAAAGUAUAAAACAUUUAUUACUGAAAAUAACUCACCAGGCGUGGCUGUACUAACAGUUAAAGCCAGUGAUGCUGACUGGGGUCCGAAUUCUCGAGUGUCAUAUUUUUUAGACGAUAGUAAUGUAAUGGGCAACUCAGUGAGUUUGUUUGUAUCCAUUAAUUCAGAUAGCGGACAGGUACAUGCUGUGAGGUCGUUUGAUUAUGAGCAAAUGAAGAGCUUUACUUUUAACGUGACUGCGCGAGACGGUGGAUCUCCUCCAUUAAGUUCGGAAGUUGUGGUAACCAUCAUGGUUCAAGAUCAGAACGACAACGCUCCUCAGGUUCUGUAUCCAGUACAGACUGGUGGCUCUCUGGUGACUGAGAUUGUCCCUCGUUCAGCAGAUGUUGGCUAUCUUGUGACUAAAGUUGUGGCUGUUGAUGUGGACUCUGGACAGAACGCCUGGCUCUCCUACAAACUACAAAAAGCUACAGACAGGGCGCUGUUUGAAGUUGGCUCACAGAAUGGAGAGAUACGGACUGUGCGCCAGGUCACUGAUAAAGAUGCUGUAAAACAGAAGCUCACUGUUGUUGUGGAGGAUAACGGACAGCCAUCUCGUUCAGCUGUAGUAAAUAUUAAUGUAGCUGUAGCGGACAGUUUUCCUGAAGUGCUGUCAGAAUUCACAGACUUUACACAUGGCAAGGAAUACAACGAUAACCUGACGUUUUAUUUAGUUUUAGCACUGGCAACUGUUUCUUUCCUGUUCAUUACGUGUGUAGUUGUUAUAAUAUCGGUCAAGAUCUAUAAGUGGAAACAAUCUCGCAUUUUCUAUCAGUCCAAUCUCCCAGUUAUCCCAUACUAUCCACCCGGUUACACAGACACUGGAGUUACUGGAACUCUGACGCACAUCAACAACUAUGACAUUUGUAUGACUACUAACUCGAGAAAAAGUGAUUGUAAAUAUUCUACACUUGGUGCACAGAGUGUAUUAGUGUUCGACCAAAGUUUUACAGAGACUCUAGAGCGUGCCAUGACGGAAAAAGAACUUCUUGAAGAUCCUGGAUCUCCAGAUACGGUAGGACGUUGAUUUGUUUGUUGUUUUAAUUUGCAAACUCAUUCCAUUCUUUACGUUAUGUUCAGGUACUUCUUUCUUUUUCUUGUCCAAAAUAAGUCCCUGACUGAGCAUUCCUGAAGCUUCGUCACUGACACAUAGAACUUAGUAUGAGUUAAUUUGUAUUCCGUUUAACUUGUCAGUAAAUUAUAUCUAUGUAUGUAUGUAUAUAUACAGUAUAUAUGUGAUAAUUAUAUACCUUGGUUGCGUUUAACGUACGCCGACAGAGGCUAGCAUUGAACAGGUGGUACAAUGCGUCCUUAAACUAACGCCUGAAGUACGACCGUUUCCCUAAACCGUCGUGCUGUGUUGUUACCCCGGCAGUCUGAACUAUGUUGAUUUAAACUACAAAAAAAUAUAGAAGUUGUCACCAAAAUCAGGUUAUUAAUAUAUUAUUCAGGCUAUUCGUAAUACAUUCACCACCAGCUGCUACAGUAAUAUUAAUAGAAUUAACAACUGAAUGAAUUAAUCUUAAAAACUAUUACAAAUAAGUAUAUUAUUAGGCAACGUUUCUAAUAAAAAAAUACAUAUUAGCAAUUUCAGUGCAUUUAUUGACGCCAUCUAAAACAUUGAGUUAAAAAAAAUCUAUUACAGUCCUGAUGCAGGUGAUUAGCGAAUUUUAGUGGUUCAAUGCUAUAAACGUGUAAAAGAAGCCGUAUAAAGACGGGCUGUAUUGUGUACACAGACAUGGCUUCAAAACUCUUCAAAAAAUCCUUAUGGCACGCAACAGUAUUAGACGUUAUCCUAACGUAUAAUGUUUGUCAUAUGACCUCAUGACCAAUAUUCAACCUGAAAUUAAUGUCUAUUGACGUUGGUGGCCAGAAAGGCUCAGCUGAAUCACGGUGGUUGCGGACGUUAGGUGGGCAGUUUUGAGAAACAUUUGAGUAGCUUAAUAAUAGUUCGCACUAUGUGAGUUACUAAAGUGGUUAGCUCCAUAGUGGGAAACAGCUGCAUCGCCACUGCAUCUUUCAGAGUAUGUAAGUUGCUAUGGUACUUAGUAACUAUAUGAUUUAGGGAAACACACUCCUGUUGGUUAGAGACAGAGUCGCAUACAUCUUCCCACCAUUCCCUCUUUCGUCUCAAUUCGGCGCUGUUCUCCUUUCUAGUGCUGAAAUGUGUAACUCGAGAAAAAAGUGAUUAAAUAAAGUGUAUUAGUAGUGGACCAACGCCUCAGGGAGACUCUACAGCGUGAAAUUAAGAAAAUAAACUCCUUGAAGACCCAGAUUAUCCAGAUAUAGUAGGACAUUGAUUUGUUUAGGGUUUUGGUUUGCAGACUCAUUCCAUUCUUCGUGCUAUGCUUAGGUAUUUCUUUCUUUCUCAUGAACAAAAUUAGUAAUUCCUAACUCUUAAUUAGGAGUGCAUUUUAUAACAGUGUUCACUGAAUCAUUGGUGAAUGAUUCUCAACGAUGUUUAGGGUUGUUGUCUUGUUGAAGUA